UCUUGUGGCUUUUCCAACAUUGGAUGAGCUUCACAGGAUGACUAAGGUUGAAUUCCGUCUAAAAGCACAUGGGGUAACACUCUCGUUUGGAGAAUGGAUGCCGUCCGAUGUGCCUUCUCCUCAUUAUCAAUUGAACAGUGUCUGGGUGCAUGUUUCUGGAGUCCCACCUGCAUACCGACAUUAUUUGGCCAUUUGGGCUAUUGGCACAGUGCUUGGCUCUCCGCAAGAAAUUGACAUGAAAUGCUUACGGCAACGAGGCAUUAUCCGCAUGAAGGUUGAGAUGAUGGAUGCUAAUUUGUUGCCGGUAAAAACGGACAUUGUUUUCGGUCUUGAUGGGUAUGAAAUCACUUUUACUCUUGAAGAUCAAAGCUUUUUGGUAGAGGUGGGUGCUGAUCCACCUUUGGGGGGAGAUUUCAAUGAUGAUGAUGAUGACCUUCUUGAUGAAAGUGAUGACCAUACCAGCGGAUCGAAAGAGCAGUCCAAAAAAUCAAAAAAGAACGAUUCAAUGGUCUCAGAUAAUAUUUCAGGCAAUUCAGCUCCUAUGCAGGUGGACAAAAAUAUGAAAGCGAGCUCUCGGCUGAUGGAACAGGGGGCAGGCCUUCUACCUAGUUUAGAUUCACCCAAGCCGAGUCACAUUGCGGUCACACCUUUUAAUCCAAAACACAAAAGUUUUUCCCUCAAGCCGAGCGGCAGUUCAGGCUCCUCUGCGGGGAAAUUGCCAAAGACUAUGGUCCAGCAGAAUUCUCAAGGUGUUCAGCCGGUGGUGGAGCUGCAGGCUGCUCUGGUCCUGCAGGGUGAUCAGCAGAUACUGCAGACGCCACCCAGGUUGGCAGUGCCAUCAGUGGAGAGGGUGCCGGCUCUGAAAUGCUCCAGCGCUGAUUGGAACUCGUGUACUGCGGAGGGAUUUAGCCAUGGGCACAAUGAUCCGGCCAGCUUCAUUCCCAGGACCAAGGAGAGGGCUCACGUGGAGGAUCUUGCCUUGCAGAAUCUGCUGACCCAGACCAGCAUACGUCCAGAGAGCUCCAAGAUGCUGCAGGGUGAGAUGGUCCAGAAUGGGCCUCAGUUCUUAGCUGAUAUGGAUUCGGUUCAGAAAUCUUCUCCGAAUCUUCGUCGAAGCAGUCGUACCAAUGCGGUCUGUUCUUCAGUCGGAAUCGCCGCGGCGGAUGAAGACAUUACUGCCAGGGCCAUGAGGAGGGUGGCGGUCCGAAACUUGGACUACCCUUUGAAAGAAAGCUCGGCUAGUGUUCGCAAUGGCACUAAUCCAGGUUGUCUACCUAUGUACACACUGGCUCCGUACCUGGGCAAUUUUGCAGAAGCCAGAUUCUCGGGCCAUGGUUAUGGAGGCUUGUCAGUAUUUGGAGAGGGUGGUCAAGGAUUGUUUUAUCCAGGUGUAUGGGUGGCGGCCUAGAUGGCCAAUCGGGUCGUCAUAGCAUCUUUAGUCUUUGUUGGUUUUAGUGUCUUUG